UCCAGCCUGGGCGCUGACGCCGCGGACCUCCCCGCGGCCGCCUCGGACCAUGGGCGACAAAGGGACGCGGGUGUUCAAGAAGGCAAGCCCCAAUGGAAAGCUCACCGUCUAUCUGGGAAAGCGGGACUUUGUGGACCACAUCGACCUCGUGGAGCCCGUGGAUGGAGUGGUUCUUGUGGAUCCGGAGUAUCUCAAGGAGAGGAGAGUCUAUGUGACGCUGACCUGCGCCUUCCGCUACGGCCGGGAGGACCUGGAUGUCCUGGGCCUGACCUUUCGCAAGGACCUGUUUGUGGCCAACGUGCAGUCUUUCCCGCCGGCUCCCGAGGACAAGAAGCCCCUGACCCGGCUGCAGGAGCGCCUCAUCAAGAAGCUGGGCGAGCAUGCCUACCCUUUCACCUUUGAGAUCCCUCCGAACCUCCCAUGCUCUGUGACGUUGCAGCCAGGACCUGAAGAUACAGGGAAGGCCUGCGGUGUGGACUACGAAGUGAAAGCCUUCUGUGCGGAGAACCUGGAGGAGAAGAUCCACAAGCGGAAUUCUGUGCGCCUGGUCAUCCGGAAGGUUCAGUAUGCCCCAGAGAGGCCUGGCCCCCAGCCCACGGCGGAGACCACCAGGCAGUUCCUCAUGUCGGACAAGCCCUUGCAUCUGGAGGCCUCCCUGGACAAGGAGAUCUACUACCAUGGAGAACCCAUCAGCGUCAACGUCCAUGUCACCAACAACACCAACAAGACAGUGAAGAAGAUCAAGAUCUCGGUGCGCCAGUAUGCAGACAUCUGUCUGUUUAACACAGCCCAGUACAAGUGCCCUGUGGCCAUGGAAGAGGCUGAUGACACAGUGGCACCCAGCUCUACGUUCUGCAAAGUCUACACGCUGACCCCCUUCCUGGCCAACAAUCGAGAGAAGCGGGGCCUCGCCCUGGACGGGAAGCUCAAACACGAGGACACAAACCUGGCCUCCAGCACCCUGUUGAGGGAAGGAGCCAACCGGGAGAUCCUGGGCAUCAUUGUUUCCUACAAAGUGAAGGUGAAGCUGGUGGUGUCUCGUGGUGGCCUGUUGGGAGAUCUUGCAUCCAGCGAUGUGGCCGUGGAACUGCCUUUCACCCUAAUGCACCCCAAGCCCAAAGAGGAACCCCCACAUCGGGAAGUUCCAGAGCACGAGACGCCAGUAGACACCAAUCUCAUAGAACUUGACACCAACGAUGAUGACAUUGUGUUUGAGGACUUUGCCCGCCAGAGACUAAAAGGCAUGAAGGAUGACAAGGAGGAAGAGGAGGAUGGUACCGGCUCUCCGCGGCUCAACGACAGAUAGACUGGGGCCGCCCUCCCUCCGGGCAGCUCCAGGUCCACUCUCAUGCGCUAGGAUGCUUGUUCGUCUUCUUCCUGUCCUGGCUCCCCUUCCCCUUUGUUCUUCCAGUUUCUACCAGGGGGCCCAGCGGUCUUCCAGGUCACGAUGGGAACCCCUGGCCUCAGGAUUGGCCCCCAUCACCAUGCCAGCUGGGCCACAGGCAACACCCUCACCCUCUCACUGCAUCACUUCUCCAUCCCUCCUGUUUUCCUGUUGACCCCCAGACAGGCCAGCACGGCUCUGGCUUUAGAAUUUGACUUGGGAUGGGGAGCAGAAAGGGGCAGAUGGGGCACAAGGGCUUGGCGGGUUGGGGAUGGAGGCUCAAGACACGUGAGAGGAUGUGGCCGCUGUCCCGGGUGAUGAAUACAGUUCUGGCAGCUAAAACGUGACCGCUUUGAAGGCCACUCUCCUCUGGCUGGGAGGGGACAGGCCCAUGGAUAGAUUUUCCACACAGUUUUGCUUGAAGUUCGGACCCACCAAACACCUGUCUUCUUCCUCCCUCAUCCCUGUCCCUGUCCCUCUGUGACUGACAGUGACCUUGGUGAAGGUUUGUAGACCCCAGGAAUGGAGCAAAGCAGUUGGGCUGACUUUCUUACCAGCAGUUACCUAGUCUAAGGCAAGUCGUGUGAAGUAGCCCAAGUCUAUGUCAGUAUCAUCAGGAUGUAAUAUCCUAGCUGCCUGUAUCUUGCGUGUGUGUCAUCCACAGAUAUGCACAGACUGCGACAGAGAGAAGGGAGGGGCCUUCGGAAAGCACCAAGGUCUUGAGGAGGUGUCCUGAAGGGUGACUCUGAGAUGGGGGUGGGAUGAGAAGAUGAGAGUCUGCCCAGCUCCCUUCCUUAAGAGGGAUCAGCGAUCUGGUGGGAAGCAAGGCUGAAGAGUCAGAACGAUUGAGGCCACCAAUGUCUUCCUGCCCUUGCAGGUCUCCAGGGCUGGACUGGAAGAGAGCCCCUGAGACCACCAUGCCCACAGUCAAAGGGGGUCCCUCCAUAGAAGGUAGCAAGGUCCACUGAGUUGUCCUUACCUAAAAGGAAAGGGAACUCUUUUGUUUCCUUGGGGAGCUGAUGACCACCCCCCGCCAAUACACACACACUCACACACACACACACAGUGGUUCCCACUUUCAUGGGUGUGCAGUACCCAUGGGCUGAUGUUGGUGUGAUUAGGACAUGGGGCAUACUUCCAGGGCAAUGGGGCAGGCAGACGAUGAGGCAGAAAGUGUUAAAAGUUAACUGUUUUUCUCUGACCUUUGAUGCUCACUGCUGUGUGACUUUGGGCAAGUUCCUUUCCAUCUCUGGGCCUCAGUACUUCACCUAGAAAACCAAGGGGUUCGAGCAGAUGAUCACAAGGGGCCCUCCCAGCUCUGCCUCCAAGAAUUUGUGAACAUUAGAGUUUCUGGUCUGGUGGGUGGAACCAGAACCACUGAUUCUGGUCUGUCUGCCACCAGUGAGGAGUCACUGAACCUGGGGGUGGCAGGGCAAUAGAGGGCACCUAGCACCACCACCCUACACCCACUCCAGGCCGAAGAAGGGCCCUUCUAAGGUCCCUAGACCGGGCCAGGGUGAGGGGUUGCCUGAUGUCAAGCUGUGGCUGUAGUUAGCAUGAGCCACUUGGCCCUAGGGACCAAGUAUUACAGAAGGUAUUGUAUUUGCUUGUAUUUGCUGAGGCGUGGCAGGGGGAGGGGAGGAGAGCUUGCAAUAGACACGGUACUACUUCACACCCUCUUUGGAUGUCCUGAAGUUUGCCUCAUACCCAAGCAGAUGUAUUGAUUAGCAGGGCAAGGGGACCUCUUCCUCCUUUCUGUCUGUGUCCCAUACUUGUGAAAAGGGAGAUGGCCAAGUUUCAUUAUAUAAGCUGGAUCUCAGCUCUUCAGUUCAUCCCCUCCUGGGAUGGACUUUGCAACCCUUUUCCGUGGUGAAAUUACCCAGUUCAUAUGCCUGGCACUGCACCCCCGCCCUUCCCUGCUGAAUCGCACUCCAGGGACCCCCACUCCAGGUCAGAAACAAGCCAGCCUGGGACAGUCGCACUCCCCCAGUCAAUCCUAGGGUCCCAGCUGCAUCCAGUCCCUCCCAGAGCUUGCUGGACAGUUUGUACCUCAUUGGGCAGCUGGAGAGUUAAUGAACUGUUGGAACAAGGUGUGGCAAGCAUACGCUCUUCAGGGUUGCCUUCUGGAACCUUUGGGGCUGGUACAAGACCCUUUAGGAUGUGUGGUGAUCACUUACCUACAAAUAGACCUUUCUCCAUGUCCCUAACGCAGUCACACAAAAGCUUUGUCAGGCUGGUUUCUUAAUCUCCUUCCACCUCAAAAUCACACUGACCAUUUUGGGUUUAUCACAGUGCUGAACUGAAAUUUUCCAGCUGCAAAAAGCAUCAUGGCCUAUUUAACCUUUUAUUUCCUCUUUGGGCCCAGGACUACAGAAGAGCAGUGGUCAAGUUCACUUGGCUUAACCAUGCUUGGUUGACAACUUCUCCACUUGGUGCUAAGCACUGGAGACGCAGUUGGGUCAGUCCCAGCCCCUGUCCUCAGAAAGUGGUCAAGGGGGAGUUACAGGGGAAGUGAUGAGGGGCCAUUGCCUUCAGGGCUCCAUGGUUGCUGCUAGCCUGUACGGUGCCUUGAUGUGAGUUAGAAACAGUGCCUCUUCCAGGUGGAUUCAACCCUCUUAGGAAUGCACAGCUUCCCAAGUGGUCACAGGCUGGAGUUCAGCCCCACAUGUCCCUGAGCUGAGUGCCCUCCUGCAUACCCAUGCAUGGCAGCACAGUGAACACUCAGGCUUCUUCCUGAGAAAGGCCCAGAUUAUCUUUCCAAGCCUCUGGUUGGCUCCAUACCCCACCCAAUCCUGCAGCCCCUUCUCUGCAGGGCCCCUCUCCAUCUGGAGUCAGCCUGUCCCGGGGAACCCCUGGAGUGAAACGGGGUGGGGAGCCCCACUCAGCUCCAGGCACCAGCCCACAGUCCUGGCACUCUCUGUCCGCAUAUUUGUGACCUGUGCUGACCACAUCUCUCCACACUGAGAUUUUGCAGUGGGUGGCAUGUAGAUAGCAGUCUGGGCAGGAAGAAAGAGCAUGACCUGAGUGAAAGUCUACAGGCAGAGAGUCAGCUGGACUUCCUCACCUUCCCAACCAAGAGAGGAGUGCAGUCCUUGUGAAGAUAAGGACUGAGUUCUUUGGCUGGACUCCACCGGCCUCCUCGGUCUCAGAGCCCAGACCGGCAAGGUGAGCUCACUUGGGUCUUGGUUCGCUGGGGGAUUACUGACAAGCUGGUACCAUAUGGUGCAGUGAAGAGUACCCUGGCCCAGAAGUCCACGAUGCCUCUACCCACUGGCUGUCGCUACGCAGCCGAGGAGCCUUGGAUGUCUCAUUCAACCUCCUGGGCUUGGUUUCUGUAACUGUAAAAUGGGACAGUCAUUUCUUUCCCACCCGUCUCAAGGGACUUGUGAGGCCCAAAGGAGAUGAAAAUCAGUUUUGUAAUCUGCAAAUGGCUGCUCAGGCCGUGGCCUGCCACUGCGCGGGAGCAGCCCAGGGUCACACAAGAAGUGUGGUGCCAGUUGAGCCCUCCCACC